UAUCCCAGUAUCUGUCAGUGCCAAAUUGCCUUGAAACCUUUUGACAUGCUACGUCAAGUUUGUCAUAUGUCCCGUGUCCCGCGCUGUGUCGCCUCCGCACAGUCAAAGCGCAGAGAAGAAUGCCAGAAAAUUGUUUUAAAGUGUGUCAGCAUUUCCGUACGCGCGUCUUGGUAAAGUGAAAAUGUUUGGAAUUUUAAUGAAGGGCGUCUGCCUGGUAUUCAAACUGCUGGAACUGCUGGAACCUGACGGGCCAAUAGUCCGCACAGAUUUGCAGAAUAGCCUCCGGCAAGGCGCGGUGCGGUGUGGCUGGCUAGAAUCUUACCAAUGGACCACCACUAGCUUACAUAUAUUCGUUUUUACUUACACUUCCAACGGCCAAAAGGACUCGUCGUUGGCCGCCUGCGGAUUUGUCUCGACACGUUUGCAAAAAGUUCACUUAGCCAGGCUGGUGGCUGGCAGAAGCAAAAAAAAAAGAUUGAAUUUUAUAAUAAAUUUCGCACAGGCCGAAAGAGUCUUAAGAUUGGUUGCCUCACUGGGCCACGGCUUUGGCCUGCUCCUAUCUAGCCUGCCACUAUCUCAGAAGCCCAACGUCUGUCGCUCGAGAGAAUUUAUGUGUGUGCGGGUUAAGUCGUCAGUAGGUUACUCAAUGUCCUUCGCACUGCACAGCACCGUGUGGAGCCACAGAAGCCACAUCUUUGGCUCCUCCUGGCAAAACAAACGGGCUUUUAGCAAACAAGUGCAAAUGUUCAAUUGAUUAAAAAAACAGUCUUUACCCUUUU